CUUUGUCAAGCUCGGCGAAGGCGGAAGUAGCAGGGAGUGAAUCCUCUCGUCACACAUGACAACAAACAUGGCGGCCUCCUGCUCGUUAGUGUGUUGUAAAGAGGAAAGAGAAGGCGACAAAGCUGUUAUGGUCCGGUUUUCAAACGGCAGCGUGAGAAAUGCAGACAAACUGGAUUUCUCCAUGUACAAGAGCGUAGAUGAGAACAACCCCAGGAAGAGAAGCAGACGGAUACUGGUUGCUGAAUCAGAGAGACUGUCCUAUGUUGGAAAUAAUUUUGGAACGGGGUCACUGAAAUGCAACAACCUUUGCAAAUAUUAUGUCGGAGUGCUGAACAAACAGACCAUGCAAAUGGAGGUGCACAAUGCUCAGCUCUUCAACAUGCAGCCUGUCAUACCAGGAGAGACGGACACUGCAAAAUCCCAGGACACGACUCUGACCUACAGAGAAAAGGUUGAAUCUUUGAUUUCAACGUUUGGCACCAACAAACAGAAGAGAGCUCUGAGCUCCCGCAGGCUGAAUCAGGUGGGCAGCGAUACACUGCACCAAGCUGUGGCUAAAGCUGCCAGCAAUGUGAUCGACCAGAAGGGUCUGGAAGCUCUACAACAGGAAGUUGCUGAGACAGAGUCCCAAGGAGACCUGGCUCUCCACCUGCCUCCCUGCGAUGCAAACGCAGACAAACCUGAGGACGUCUACCUACUGGACGAUCUCCUGACUCCUGUUGAGUUUGAAACUCUGGAGAUGGCCGGUUCCAAGUUGGCAGAACUCAGCCCUGAGGAGCUGCAGAAGAUGACGGAUGACGGAGGGAGCCUGUGUGUUGCGAAGCACCUUGAGAACAUGCCGACAGCAGAUGAAGCCAGAGACCAGGUGGCACGAGGCGCCUUUUACCUCUCAAUGCUGCUCAAACUGGCCCGGCAGAAGAACAUCACCCGCAAGUUUGGGCAGGAGGAAGGCUGCCCCCGCAUCAUUCAAAACAAGCUGCUCAAAACAUUCACUGUGGAGACUUUCAACAAUGGCAGGGUCCUGAACAUUGUGUCAACAUCAAUGCGAGCCAAAAUAGCAGCGUACUCUCUGGCCCUGCUGCUGCACAUGGGUCACAUGACUGCUGACCUCACAUUACUGCACCGCGACCUAGGAAUCACUGAGGCCAGGAUGAUUGAAGUUGCGAAGUCAAUGGGACUGACCCUAGUUAGACCGGCCCGGGGGAAGACUGACAAGGCUGGACUGCAAGGCGAACACAAGCAGGCGACCCUUCUUCUACCUCUGAUCAAAUAUGAACAGUUCACGGAGAGACGGAAACGCAAGAAAAUGCACUGAAGACAGUAACAAGAGAGGACAAAGAACUGGAUCAAGAGAGAACUGUUUUAUUGAUGCAUUUUGUAGACAAAUAAAAUGAUGAACUUUUGAGUUA